UAACCCCAAAGAAUAGAAAGAACACUUUUUUAACACCUGAAAAUACAGUUCAAGAACACAGCUUAUUGCCAGGGCAAAACGAGAUUUUCAUUCUUUGUGGUGGCUUUCAAUGCAGCGUUUCAAUGGAUUCUUUGUAAAUAAUCAAACCCCACUUGCUAGAUUUGUCAUUUCUCGCCAUUCUUGCAGCAAAUUGUUCGUUGGAGGGCUUUGUUAUGAUACCAAUGAACCUGUUCUCAAACAAGCUUUUGAGCAACAUGGUGAAACAAUUGAAGUGAAAGUAAUAUGUAAUCAUAAAAGUGGAAAAUCCAAAGGAUAUGGGUUCGUGAAGUUCACUUCUGAAACUGCAGCUACCAAGGCCUUGAAGGAAAUGGACGGUCAAUUUUGUUUAUUAUGCUUCUUAGUUAUUGGAUGGCAGAAAUAUUCGCAUCAGUUAUGCCCACAAAGAAUGAUGUUGAGGGUUUCAACUCUUAUCUUUCCUCGUGUGUGCAAGAACUAGCGAUUUCAGCCAUGAAAGUUGUGUUGAAGAUUCUUCAAGUUUAUUCUUCAAGUUGUUUUUGAUGUUGCAUGAGCUUGCUCACAUUCCUUGUCCCAAACAUGGUUAAGGGUUUUAGUAGACUGAAAUCCAAUGUAAAACUAGCCAAAUCAUGAUGAAUUAGUACAGAACGACUUGGUUUUGCUAAGGAAAUCUUUUGACUGAUCAAAGUAAGUACAAAACUGAAAGCCCAUGUCCUCGCUCCUCACCAUCUGAACAUGAAAGACAAAAGAAUAGAAAAAAAAAAGAAAAGAAGAAGAUGAAUAAACCAAAAGAAAAUCAAAGGGUAGGGCUGAAGGAAUGAAGCAAAGAAGAGAGAUGGAUUUAUUGAAAAUUUACAGCUUUACAAGAUGAAACCACAACAAUGUACUAUCCAGAAGACAUUCUUAUUAUUCAAAUGACGUAUCUGUCUCAAGCAGAAACUUUUACCUUAAAUAUUUGAAACAGAACGAAAUGCCUUUUGACUGUGUAUCAACUCAAAGUAAAUUUAACCAUCUGGAUUAUAGUUUUUCAGCU